AUGGAUGACGAUGAUGACUACGGAUUUGAAUACGAAGACGAAAACCCGUCGGAACCGGAUGUUGAUUUGGAAAAUCAGUACUACACUGCCAAAGGCGCAAAGACCGACGGAAACAACAAAGAAGCCCUUGCGAAUUUCGAAAAGGUGCUCGAGCUAGAGGAAGAAAAGGGAGAAUGGGGCUUCAAAGCGCUGAAGCAAAUGAUCAAACUGUGUUUUGCGCAGGGCGAUUAUGAAGCCGUGAUGACGCACUACAAGCGCAUGCUGACCUAUAUAAAGUCGGCGGUGACGAAGAAUUAUUCCGAGAAGUCGAUCAAUUCGAUCCUUGAUCAUAUUUCGACCUCAAAGCAGCCGGAUUUAUUGCAACGCUUUUAUGAGACAACUUUGGAGGCUCUGAAGGAUUCGAAAAAUGAUCGUCUCUGGUUCAAGACGAACACCAAGCUGGGAAAGCUGUAUUUUGACAUGCGCGAGUAUGGAUAUCUGGAGAAAGUUAUUCGCCAGCUUCGAAAUUCUUGUCAGACCGAGGACGGUGAAGAUGUACAGAAUAAGGGCACUCAACUCUUGGAGGUCUACGCGCUGGAGAUCCAGAUGUAUACAGAACAAAAGAAUAACAAGGCGCUGAAAUCGCUUUACGAACAAAGUCUUCAUGUGAAAUCGGCGAUUCCGCAUCCGCUCAUUAUGGGGACAAUUCGAGAAUGCGGUGGUAAAAUGCAUUUGCGCGAAGGUCAAUUCGAGAAGGCCCAUACCGACUUCUUCGAGGCAUUUAAGAAUUACGAUGAAUCUGGGUCGCCCCGUCGCACGGCUUGUCUAAAGUAUGUUGUCCUGGCCAACAUGCUCAUCAAGAGCGACAUCAACCCGUUUGAUUCCCAGGAGGCCAAGCCUUUCAAGAAUGAGCCGGAUAUCGUUGCGAUGACGAACAUGGUUGCGGCAUAUCAGAAAAACGAUAUUGACGCUUUUGAGACGAUUCUCAGGAGCAACCACGAUGCAAUCAUGGCCGACCCGUUCAUCCGUGAACAUAUCGAAGAGCUGCUGACGAAUAUUCGUACUCAAGUUCUGCUCCGCCUCAUCCGCCCCUACACCCGCGUUCACCUCGCCUAUCUAUCGCAAGAGCUGCGCAUCGAUUUGGACGAAGUUCGAAAGCUGUUGAUAGAAACGAUUCUUGAUGAAAACCUUGGCGCCCGAAUUGACGAGGUGCAAUGUCUGCUGAUAUUGCCGCGAAACGGUCUCCUCCAAUCAUCCACUUCAUUCACACCCGCCCUCGCCGUCAAUGCCCUCAAAAAUUGUGCCCAAGAAUUGGAACGACUCGAGGCGUCGAUUUCCCAGAAUAUCCAU